AUGGCUGGUGUUAAGAGUUACGAAUUGAGAACCAAAUCUAAGGAACAACUUGAGUCCCAAUUGAUCGACUUGAAGAAAGAAUUGGCUGAAUUAAAGGUCGCUAAGCUAUCUAAGCCAUCUCUACCAAGAAUUAACACUGUUAGAAAGAACAUUGCUCGUGUCUUAACCAUCAUUAAUGAACAACAAAGAGCUGCUGUUAGAGAGUUAUAUAGAGGUAAGAAGUACCAACCAAAGGACCUAAGAGCUAAGAAAACAAGAGCUUUGAGAAGAGCUUUAACUAAGUCAGAAGCUUCCAAGGUUACUGAGAAGCAAAAAAAGAAGGACAUUGCAUUCCCACAAAGAAAGUUCGCUAUCAAGAACUAA